ACCAAAUCAGAACCCUAAAAAUUCCAAAUCUAGUGAGCGAAAGAGAGUGGACAGAGUCCGAGGUGCCUGAGAAAUCGGCGACCGAAGAGAUGGCUUCGUCGAAGCUAAUGUCGUCGUCGUCGACAUCACAAAACUCGGAUCUCUCCCGACGCCCUUCCACUUUCUCCUCCGCUACAAAGCCCAAGCCCACCACCACCACACCACACCCGUCUUCCUCCUCUGCGCACCCCCAAAACCUAAACAACUACCAGAACAGCAUCGUUAACACGACGCCCUCGCUUCCAAUCGGCUCCAUGACCGCCGACGGCCUCCUCUACGACCCCACCCCCAUGACCGACGCCACCCUCCUCGACACCCAAAUAACCCUACUCGACGCCGCUGCAAAUGUUAAUGGACCAUCAGCGCCGCCGCCCAAGACCGUCGACGAAGUUUGGCGGGAAAUUGUGUCCGGCGAGAGUCGGAAGGAGUGUAAAGCGGAGGUUCCGGAUGAGAUGAUGACACUGGAGGACUUUUUGGCUCGGGCCGGGGCCGUGGAAGAGAACGACAUUAAGGAUUUUCCGCUUGCGCCACCGCCGGAGAUGGAGAGAUUGAGCAGCGGAGUGUUUUCCUUCGAUCAGAUCCCGCUCAGCCCGUUCGGGUCGAUUGAUAAGGUCGAAGGGUCGAUAGUUGGGUUUGGAAAUGGGGUGGACCCUGCUGGGAGUGGAGGUAGGGUGGGGAGGGGGAAGAGAGGACGCGCCGUCAUGGAGCCGAUGGAUAAGGCGGCGCAGCAGAGACAGAAAAGAAUGAUCAAGAACCGGGAAUCCGCGGCCAGGUCCAGAGAGAGAAAGCAGGCUUACCAAGUUGAAUUGGAGUCAUUGGCGGUCAGGUUAGAGGAGGAAAAAGAGCAGCUUUUGAAAGAACAGGCCGAGAGGACUCGGGCAAGACUUAAGCAGCUAAUGGAAAACAUCAUUCCCGUUGUGGAGAAGCGAAGACCACCUCGUGUGCUCCGAAGAGUUCACUCAUUGCAGUGGUAAGAAUGUAUAUGCUUGAUUUGUGACGUGGAAACCAACAUUGCUUCAAGACCUAGGAGGAAAGAGUAUGAAAAUAUUCGACUUGGAAUUUGAUUGUCUGAAUUAGAUAAAUUCCACCUGAUGAUAUUAUCAUUCUUAAGAGCUAGCGUGGUUUGUGGUUUGUCUUUUUGAGAGAUUGCAGUCCAAGUCACGAAGGUCAUUCCUUAAGAAGGAAAAGAUAGCGUCAACGAGGGAGAUAGAGGUAGAGAGCCUUAUUAUGUAAGUAGUUAAGAGGUGAUGAAAGUAGAGGAUCGGGAUUGAGAAUUAGUUUAUUAUGUUUAGAUGGCGUAUAACACCUUUCCGGGAAUAUAUGAAGAUUGAUCUCUAGCUCUAUGUUUAUAUAAAGUUGACCUUGCAUUUCA